GAAAAAGAAGUAACAUCCAUAGAAUCUGCUGCCGUGGAUCUCCUCGAUGCCUGGCAUGUGGCCGGCAGUGUGCUCUGUGACUACAAUGACAAGAGUCUUUGACCUAACUUCCUUAAAAAUUUUUCUGUAUAAAAAGGUUAUAACAUACUGGAGUGGACCUACCCUAUGAGACGAGAGAUGCAGGAAAUUUUGCCCGGAUUGUUUCUAGGCCCAUAUUCUUCCGCCAUGAAGAGCAAGCUACCUAUCCUACAGAAACAUGGAAUAACUCAUAUAAUAUGUAUAAGACAAAAUAUUGAAGCAAACUUUAUUAAACCCAACUUUCAACAAUUAUUUAGAUAUUUAGUCUUGGAUAUUGCAGAUAAUCCAGUUGAAAAUAUAAUACGUUUUUUCCCCAUGACUAAAGAAUUUAUUGAUGGGAGCUUACAAAGUGGAGGAAAAGUUCUUGUCCAUGGGAAUGCAGGGAUCUCCAGGAGUGCUGCCUUUGUUAUUGCAUACAUUAUGGAAACAUUUGGAAUGAAGUACAGAGAUGCAUUUGCUUAUGUUCAAGAAAGAAGAUUCUGUAUUAAUCUUAAUGCUGGAUUUGUCCAUCAACUUCAGGAAUAUGAAGCCAUCUACCUAGCAGAAUUAACAAUACAGAUGAUGUCGCCACUUUAGAUAGAAAGGUCGUUAUCUGUACAUUCUGGCACCACAGGCAGUUUGAAGAGAACGCAUGAAGAGGAAGAUGAUUUUGGAAACAUGCAAGUGGCGACUGCACAGAAUGGCUGAUUCAAGAGCAACAGUAUAGAGGAUGGAAAUUUCUAUUUGGGAAGGAGAAAGUACUACAGACAGUAAUAAUGUAUAAUGGCAAAAACACAAGAAGUAGUUUCUUUUCAAUUACAUGUUGCUUCCAGA